GGAGCCGUUAAGAGCGUUACGGGAGUAACGGGACAUGUCUGGUGACGUAUCGGUUCUGGAAGCGGUAACGGUCGUGGGAAGGGCGUUGUGCGCAGGCGCGGCGCUGACAGCCGCACUCUACCUGAUCCGCAGAGUGUGUUCAGUAAUGGCGUGGAAAUCCGGAGGAGCGAGCCAUGCGGAGCUCGUCAACAACCUCCGCAAGAAUGGGAUCAUUAAAUCGGACCGUGUAUAUGAAGUCAUGUUGGCCACAGAUCGUGCUCAUUUCUCCAAAUGCAAUCCAUAUAUGGACUCGCCACAAUCUAUAGGUUACCAAGCAACAAUCAGUGCACCACAUAUGCACGCAUACGCUCUAGAGCUGCUCCACGAUCACCUGUAUGAGGGAGCGAAGGCUCUGGAUGUGGGAUCCGGCUCGGGAAUCCUGUCCGUCUGCUUCGCCAGAAUGGUCGGGCCGAGGGGGAAGGUGAUUGGCAUUGAUCAUAUAAAGGAGCUGGUGGAAGAUUCAGAAACUAAUGUAAAGAAGGACGACCCUAGUUUGAUCUCUUCAGGGAGAAUCAGACUCCUCGUUGGAGAUGGAAGAAUGGGCCUUCCAGAAGAAGCACCUUAUGACGCCAUACACGUCGGAGCCGCAGCCCCCACAGUGCCACAAGCAUUGUUGGACCAGCUGAAGCCAGGCGGGCGUCUGAUCCUGCCCGUCGGCCCCGCGGGGGGGAACCAGAUGCUGGAGCAGUACGACAAGCUGGAGGAUGGCAGCACCAAAAUGAAGCCACUGAUGGGCGUGAUCUACGUGCCUUUAACAGACAAAGACAAGCAGUGGUCAAGGUGGAAGUGACUUCUGUCCUCUGUCCCCCUCUCCUCUAGGGCACAGGGAUGAACUUUGAAAGGAUGACCUGGGGAUACUCAUCGCACUACACAUACACACACACACACACACACACACACACAGAAAUGGACUUCACUGAGGAGAGCAUUUAUAAAUGCUCAAUUUCCAUAACCUUUACAGUCGGACGGUCAUGAAAGAUGGAUGUAUUGAUCAGAUUCUUUUAUUUAAAAAGGAAAAGUGGAAUUGGGCUUGUGCUGAGAUUUUCAUGCCUGCAGUUUGAGAAUUGCGUGAAUGCAGUUUUUUGUUUGUUUUUCUUUUCGAUUCUUGUGAUGACUUCAGUAUUACAGUCAGUUGGAUUGUUCGUGCAUCUCAGCGUAUUGUAAACACAACACAGGGUCGGCCGUUGUGCUGAAUCCGGCCUGAUAUUAAAACAUAAUAAUUCACCGCUUCAUAAUG